CGCAUUCAGCUUGUCAAACGUCUUUCUAGUCAAUGUCGUCGAUUGUCCAUGUCCGACGCGUUCGAGAUAUAGUAUUCUUGAAUUUAGAUUUCUUAGCAAGUAUUAUAAGUUUAUUCCGCAUUGACCAAGCAAUAAAUUGACAUAUGGUUCUGUGACAUUUUAAACGUUUACACAAAAAUACAAUGAAUUUAACCUUACACGUAGCCUACGUGUAUUGUAAGAAGCCACUACCAGAGCAUUAAAACGAGACCAAUGAUUAACAUGAGUGCCCAGCAGAGCCCGGCGAACAUGCAGUCCGUGGACAGGGAAAAAAUAUUUACAUGGAUCCUGGAGUUGUGUAACCCUGAAACGCGAGAAAAUGCGUUACUUGAACUGAGUAAGAAGCGUGAGAAUGUGCCCGACCUGGCGCCCAUGUUGUGGCACAGCUUCGGCACGAUUGCCGCGCUGUUGCAGGAGAUCACCAACAUUUACGUGGCCAUGAUCCCGCCGACACUCACGGCUCAUCAGAGUAACCGUGUUUGCAACGCUCUGGCGCUCAUGCAAUGCGUCGCCUCUCACCCCGAGACUCGCUCCGCCUUCCUACAAGCACACGUACCAUUAUUCCUUUAUCCUUUCCUCCACACUGUGUCUAAAACACGUCCUUUCGAAUACCUACGCCUUACUAGCCUCGGAGUCAUUGGAGCUUUAGUAAAAACUGAUGAGCAGGAAGUUAUUACAUUUCUACUGACCACUGAAAUAAUACCACUGUGUCUUAGAAUUAUGGAGAAUGGAUCUGAGCUGUCUAAGACUGUUGCUACUUUCAUUUUACAAAAGAUAUUGUUAGAUGACAGUGGGCUCUGUUACAUUUGCCAAACAUAUGACAGAUUCUCCCAUGUGGCUAUGAUAUUAGGAAAAAUGGUAUUAUCUCUUGCCAAAGACCCAUCGGCAAGACUAUUAAAGCAUGUUGUCAGAUGUUACCUGCGUCUGUCAGACAAUGCAAGAGCUAGAGAGGCCCUAAGACAAUGUUUGCCUGACCAGUUGAGGGAUUCCACCUUUGCUGCAUGUCUACAGGAGGAUAACUCGACUAAACACUGGUUGGCCCAGCUGAUUAAGAACUUGGAGGCUCAGCCGCCACCAGCCAGUCCGGCACAACAAAACAUGUACAAAACAAGAUGAAAGCACUAAUUUUGUAUGCAGUUGUAGUGGACUAGGAAUAAACCUUUUUAUUAUUUCCAUUGCAUUUUAAUUUUACUUACAAUUUAUGAUAAACGUUUACGCCAUCCAUACAUUAUUGGAAGUUUUGAAGAAGUUAUUUAGUGUUCCAUUUAUGAAUAGUCAAGAGACAAGUGUGACAAGCAAAUAUACUAUGCAUACAGCCAA